CCGGAAGGCAAACAACCAAAAUCAGUGGGACAAAUGCCGGGGAACAUUUGCCGUUAUUUUAUUAAUAUGAGCUUGAGUACAAAGGAGAGGGGGGCCAAACCAAAACCUCUCUUCAGAGGCAUACCUCUGAAAAAUACAUGAUCGAGUAAGUGAAAGAAAAGUAAAUUUUGGGGGGGCUAGACCUGACCCAAAAUAAAUACACAAAACAAAAUGAAAACAGGGAAAACCAAAAGGAUUCGAGGGGACCAUACCUUACCCGAACCACAUACAGAAAAAGACUAAUAAAGCCGAAAAGAAGGAACACAAAAAAGAUCCAUGAAGUAGGCUUUUUUAGCUAGAUGUGGUAGAUCUCUUGGCCUAUUGAAAAAAUGGAUCGGGCCUGAAUGGUAUUUAGCAAGAUAAUGCGCAGCCCAAUUAGCAUCUCUCGUAACUAGCCCGAAUGAAACUCCUUCCUUAAUCGCAAGCUGUAGACUUUCCUGAAUCAUGUAUCUACAUCUUCGCACCUCUUGACCUUCCAAGAAUGAAAAAGCCAGGGCAGAACCCGUCUUUAUCUUGAAUCUACCGAACCCGUCGUGGAUCGCCCAGCCCAGAACUGUUGAGAUAGCCUUUAUCUCAGCAUCGAGGGGAGAGGAGGCCUCCAAUUCGAAGCUAAUUCCCCAUAUCAGCUCACCUUUUUUAUUCCGAAGAAUAGCUCCACCUGUUGCACUUCCAGAUAAGUAUCGUGCAUCUACAUUUAAUUUCAUACCCACCCUAGGCUUAUGCCAUUUGAUUGCUUGAACUUUGUAAUCCUGCUUGCGAAAGUCUCUGAAAGAAUAAGAUGCUCCUCAUAAAGAAUAUUGUCAACUGAGCGAAAUUUCUUAUCUCUGAAAGAAUAAGACCAAGCCUGAUUGUGAUCUUUUAUAGAUAGAAUGAUUUGCUCAGUUGAAGGUAUAAGAUUACCCUCCCCCCAAAUUUGAUUGGAAUAAAUUUUCCAAAUGUGCCAGCAUAUUAUUCCUGAGAUAUUGUGUCUGAAAACAUCCAUCAAGCCUUUCGACCCUGCUUUAAGCCAAAUGUUUAUGAAAAUCUGAGUAAUAGGGCUGGAGGGACUAGGUAUAGGAAUACUCAACAAAUUCAUAAAAUAAAACCAAAUCGGCUUUAUGUUUUUGCAGUAAUAGAAAACAUGCUCCAAAGAGUCAUUAUUGUUUCUACAAAUUGGGCAUAUAGACGGGUUAAGCACCACAUGCAACCUGCUAAGCUUCUUAGGGAAGGGAAGAAUCCCUUUGAUAAUUUUCCACUGCAUAAGCUUUAUUUUUAAUUCUUGCCUAGGGUUCCACAGAUGUUUGAAUGAUAGAGUAGGUGUGAGAUGGUGUCUAACUUCAUUAUAUGCUGACUUUAUUGUAAACUGACCAUUGGAUUCUUCAUUCCAGAUUAAUUCCCUAGAAGGUGUUUCAGAGCAUAAUGAGGAGGCAUAGUCAUGUAUAUGGCAAAUUCUUCUCGAGACUGAUGAAUCGGUCACUCUAGGUUAACUCUCAGAUAUAUGAUUGGAAGAGUGGCCUUACUCAUUCCAAGAAGUUCUUUGAUAUGAUUCAUGCGGGGUAAUGACGUUUUUCCACAAAGGAAAGAGCUUUUAUCAAGGUUUAUGGUCUGCCCUAAAGUCUGCUGGUAAUCCUUCAAAAACUUGUUAAAAUUAAGGAUUGAUCUAGCUUUUCCAUUAAUGAAAAUUAGCAAAUCAUCAGCAAAACCCAAAUGCGAAAUUGGAAAACCAUGAGCCCCCAUCCAAUAUGUCUUAAUCUAUCCUUGAUUUAUCAAAAAAUUAAUCCCCCUAGAAAAGGCCUCACUUGCAAUGAUAAAAAUGAAAGGUGAUAAGGGAUCUCCUUGUUUAACCCCGAUGUUAGGCUGAAAGAAACCAAAAGGAGUUCCAUUAAUCAUAAUUGAGAGAUGUGUGGCUGGUAAAUUAUUCAUAAUCAGCGUUAUAAACCUCUUAGAGAACCCAAAUUUCAUAAGAAUGUCUGCCAUAAUCUAUUGUUGCAUUGCUAGCGCCACAUCCUGUGCCGUUCGGGCCGGCGUCGCAGGAUCCACCAUGUAUGGGACGAACUCUGCUUAGGCUGCAUCCGUUUCAUGGCGUCUUUGUAUGAAACGACCACCAUCCCCCUCGACAUACAAGAAACGUUGGCCUACAGGGUUUACCACGGGAGUUGGUUCCUUGAACUGCGCCCCAUAUCUGGGAACGUAUGGUGUCUGGUCCGUGACAGUAUGUUGCCUGCGUCUGGGUGUAUCUUCCCUCCGGUGGCCUCCCCUGCCCAUCCGCGUGUGAACCAAGGCACGGGAGGACUCCGCUUCGCCGGUUCGUUCAUCAAACGAUUGCAUGCAGCGGAUCAGAGAGGGGGGUGUACACUCAGUCUCCGCCGUGUACACGGUGCACUCUUCGUCCUGUUCGUCUGCCAUACGGCGCAUAGCCUCUGCUAACUCCCUCAUCACUCGAGGGUCUCUUCUGGCUUCCUGGGGAUCAGGUUAAUGAUAUCCCCGCCUCUACCUUGCGUCCAUUCGUUAUUGGUCCGCCUAGUAGUCAUCCAGGUGCGUGACAUUCCGCUGUUUCCCAGAUCCUCAGAUGUGUCCUAUGCUUGUUCAGAUGAAAUUCUAACCAUGUUGUUGUUGAGUUGUGAGGUGCUACUGAGUAAAGUAAGUUUCUUGGGAUUUAGUUCAAGUUACUGAGGUGAAUUCGUCUAGAUCCAGAGGAAUAACAGAGUCUUUUGAAUAUUUUUAAUGUGCUUGUGAAGAAAAGAAAAUGGGAAAGAUUAUUGAUAAGUCCGUAUUUAGACACGCAUUUGAUGCGUGUUCAGGUCGGAUUUUGAUUAUUUUCCUGGCUUUAAGGCGUUGCAAGUCUCAAUUUUGGCUCAAGUUGUGUUUAACAGGCAUUGGAUCGAGUUUCAUUGCAUUUGGAGAUGAUUUGAAGAAGUUAGAGUCCGGCAAUCGGCGCUUGAGAGGCAUUCGGGAAGGAUUUGAAGGCAUUCGAGAGAGAUUUGGAAGAUUUGGAGGUCACUGGGAGAUUCACGACGAAAUUCUGGUGAAGAAAGAGCAUUUGGGUCGACCUCGUAGGCAUUCGGGAGCAUUCGGAACGAGAAACGAAGAAAAACGAUGAAGAAAUGGUCAGGCACGGCCGUGCCUAGGGCAGGCACGAUCGUGCCUGCCAUCUGAAUUGACGCGGAGCUACUGGCAACCAGACACGAUCGUGUCCGGUGCAGGCACGAUCGUGUCUGCAUCUUUUAAACGCGCAUGUUCCGCAGGCACGGUCGCAGGCACGAUCGUGCCUGGCACCGUGCCUGGCCGCGAUUUGUCCUAAUUCGACCCGAAUUCACUGUUUUCUAUAAGUAAGGCCUUCAUACCCACUUUUGAGGUUUACGAACUUUGGAGAGAGGCCUAGGGACGAGUUUACCUGCGUUUUUUACGUUGUUUAAUCCAAGAAUCUGGGAUUCUUUGUAAGUUCAAUUCUUUAAUUAAUGACAAUUAUUUCUAUUCAUCCCAAUUCUUUUGAUUCGUCAAUUAUGAGGCGUGAGUAGUUCAAUUAGGGAUUUGGGGUUGAUGAAGGGGUUAAUCAUGAUGUAUGGCUAGAUUCUUGUCGGUUUAAUUGCAUGAAUGUCGUUUAAUUUGUGUUUGAAUAAUUUAACUGAUAUCUUUUGUAACCUAGAUGGCCACUAGAAGUACAAUUGCUUAUAGAAUAAAUUAAGAGAGAUCUAAUUUGUUCUAGGACACAUUCACACACACUUAAUCGUUCGCUAAGAGAUUAGUAGCGAUUAAGGGGCCGUAAGCUCGCUCGUUUUGGCAAUAAUUUAGGAUCUUGUCGCAUGAGAGAUCAGCCUGGACCCCUAAAUUAUUGUACUCUACGCCGCGAGAGCGGUAAGAACUUAGUAAUGAUUAGCUAGGCUCAAUUAAAUUAAAUUCAUGUGAUUAGGCCUGUUUUGCCAGAAAUCUGGUUAACCCCGGAAUCAAUUCCUGUUCCCUUUGUCGUUAAUUAAGGAAAACCAAAUCUUUUUAUUCGCUCAUUAGCAUUAGUUUUAGUUUAAUCAAUCAACCAAUCUCGCACAACUGCAUUUUUAAUUUUAUUUAUUUCUUUUUAAUCGCUAAAUUUAGUUAAUCUUUAUUUCCCUUUUGUCCGUCCCUGUGGAGACGAUACUCGUACUUUACACCACUUUUCUACAACCAUUUUUAGUGCGAGAAAACACACAUCAGUUUUUGGCGCCGUUGCCGGGGACGGUGUCGGUUUUGAGGGUUAAUUAACUUUAGCGACUUGUUUUUAGUUUUUCGUAGGAUUUUUGUCUGCUAACCUUGCAGGUCAGAUCUGUUUAUGCAUACACGCUCUAAGAAGGGAGAAUCACUAGUCCCUCUUAAUCCUGAGAUCGAGAAGCUAGCUAAGCAGAACCGCAAGGCUUUACGAGAACAGAAAGCCACCAUGGAUCAACCAUCCGCAUCUGGAAUAGCUGGGACGUCUGAGGCCCAAACCACUUCUGGUAAUCUGGAUUUUUAUGUUAAUACCUCUCCCCAGUCUUCACAAGAAAAUUCACCUAGAGCUUAUCCGGGGUAUCAAAAUCUCCGUACCCCAUUCUUCCCCCAAAAUCAGUCCACUCCACAAUUAAAUCUUCCACCACUCUAUCAGCUCUUCCAAAAUACUUCUAUUGCUCCCGAAACCACUUUUCAAAACCAAUCCUAUGGGAUGCAAGGUCUAGGGCAAAACAAUCCAGUCUUCCAGCCCAGACAGAACCAACCGCCAGUAACACAAAAUCCACCCCCUACUCAGCCACAAAAUCAGCCUUUCCAACCCCAAUAUCAACAAUUCCAUCAAACCCAACCUCAGCCAAAUAUCAUCCGUCCACAACCCAUUAGACCCCAACCAGUUCAUCAGCCGAGAUAUCAAGCUCCUCCUUACCACAACUAUGUCCCACAUGACAAUCCACUCUAUCAAGGAGAGAGCAUUGCAGACUUCCUAGCCCCCGAGAUCACAGAGUAUGACAGUAUUCAGGUACCGGGAAUUACUGCACCCCGUUACGAGAUCAAGCCGGCGGUGAUCAAUAUGGUCCUAAACAAUCAGUUCGGAGGGAGCCCUACGGAAGAUCCAGUGGCACACAUUACCAAAUUUCUGAGGAUGUGCCAGACUUUCAAGAUUCCUGGGCUAGAUGAUGAUCAGGUACGGAUGUUACUAUUCCCUUUCUCUUUGAGGGAUGACGCGCAGAGGUGGUUGGAUAGCAAUCCACAUCACCACAUUCAGACUUGGGAUCAGCUGCACAAGGCCUUCAUAAAAGAAUACUUCCCAACAUCAAAGGCCAUAAAGUUGAAGAAGCAGCUACAGGAAUUCAAGCAAGGUUCUUUGGAGACACUAGCUGAGGCGUGGAAGAGAUUCAAGGUGCUGAGAAGAGCUUGCCCUCAAGGCAAGAUGACUGAUUGUGAGGUUCUAUCUUGUUUCUAUAGUGGACUCAACAACGAAGGAAAGAUGAUGCUUGAUGCUGUUAGAGACCUCCAGAAAUCCAGAACAAUUACAGAAAGAUUAAGAAGAAACAGAUGAAUACUUUUAUUGAAUCAAGAAGAACAGUACAGUAACCAGGCCGAAGCCCCCAAAGAUAAGAGAAACCGACUUUCUCAGAUCUUCCCAGUUCCCAGAGACUAAACAGUCCAAAAGCCUCCUUAUGCCUUCCUUCCCCUUUCUAUUUAUAGUAUAAGCUCUCUUAUUAUUCUCUAUAAUAAUAGGCCCAAAAUAACAGGCCCACUAAGCAGUGUCUAUUCUUCUAGUAUUCCUAUUAGAAUUAUUAUUAUUAAUCUAAUAGGUAGAUCCCUAACAAUACUCCCUCCCUAAACAUCCACCUUGCCCUCAAGGUGGGUGGUAAGAGAUAGCCAAGAUCUUUUGCUUCAUCCUCUUCCUUGCGCUUCUACCUUCCCAAUAUCUAACUGAUUUCUGAGAAAAGAGCUUCUCUACUUGAUUAUUCCAAUUCAUAGAUGUUACUGCAGCAUAUAAUAUCUCUGAUGAAUUUUCAGUUUCUUCAUUAGUCUUCAGGCCUUCAAUAGCCACCAUUAUCUCCUUAUCUUCCUGAGGUGUACCACCUACACCAUUAGCAGAACUUAUGUACAUGCCCUGAAACUCUUUGCCAGUGUGAUGCAACGAUAAAACCAAGCAACAUUUAGUGUCUGAGGAUUCAGAGUCAACUCCUUCAACACUAUAUUCAGUGUCUGAUCUGAUCUUCUUCCGUGGUCCUUCAGUUUCUUCCAUCUGCUCCAAGCUAGACAACUCCAUCUGAUUUAAAGCAGUAUUCCCUUUAAUGAUGCAAUUCUUGUCUUGUUGUCUCCACUUUAAGAUUUGCUCCUUAAAGUUAACCUCCAUGUCUCCCAAUCCAGUUAGCCAGUCCAUUCCCAGCACUACAUCAGUGCCUCCCAGCUCUAGCAGGUAGUAAGUCUGCUGAAUAUCUAUGCCUUGAAUCUUCAUCUUUACCAUAUUACUUCUGCCCGCAUUGGUAAUGCAUUUACCAUUCCCAAUUUGGACCUUAUACCCCUGUAUAGGUUGAAAAGGAAUGUUGUAUUCUUCCACUAAUUUCUGUGAUAAAAAAUUGUGUGAAGCUCCAGUAUCAAUGAGGAUAUUUACCAUCCUCUCUCCUCCAGGCCAGCUCAUUUUACCCUUAACCUUAAAAGUUUUUAUAGAAGAUAUGCCCUCCUUACUCCAAAUGGACAGCUGCAUAGUUUUAUGUUCCAUGUGAGUAGCCUUAUCCCUCUCAGAACUACCAGAGUCUUCCUCAGAAUUUUCUUCACCUUCAGACUGUUCCACCAGAACCAUUUUGAAGUUUUUCAUCUUACAUAUAUGUUCUCUUCCCCACUUAUCACCACAUUUGAAACAAAGCCCCUUUUUGCUCCUCUCCAUUAACUCUUCUUGAGAUAAUCUUGGGCCACUUUUCUUAUUCUGUUCUCCUUCCUCUCUGUUGAUGUUGAAAUCCUCAGUCCUCUUGGAUACCAUCACAAGAUUGCCUUUGUAAUUUUUCCAAUUCCUGUCAUCUCCCCAAUUCUGAAUUUUGUUCUGUGAUUUCUUCCUCCCCUCUUCCUUGUUCCUUACAAUCAAGGCUUCCAGAUUCUUGUUGUCAAUUAAAGUAGCUGUAUCCAUUACUGCUGCCAAGGACUUUGCAGAAUAUAGCUUCAAUUCAGCUCGGACAUCUCUCCUUAAUCCCUUCAUAAAAAUCCCUCUCAGGACUUCUUCAGUGAGGUGUCCUUGAAAAGCUAUGGCUGUUUCAAAUUGAUCUCUGUACUCUUGUACUGUCCCCUUCUGUUUUAAACUUAAUAAAGGUCCUAACGGAUCCUGCACCAAAUCAGGUUGAAAACGCUUCGCCAGAGCUUUUGUGAAAGUCUUCCAGUUUUGUCGAUGAGCUUGUCCCUCCCACCAUUGGAACCAACUCAGCGAUUGGUCUUCCAUAGCCACCACUGCCACAUCAAUUUUGUCCUCCUCAUCAGUACGGUUCAACCGGAAGUAUCGGUUCAUCCGCACCAGCCAACCGAACACGUCCUUUCCGUUAAAAAUAGGUAGAUCGAUCUUCCUUCCAACCGGAUGUUGCUUCCUGUGAAUCCAGUAUGGAUCACGAUGGCUGUUCGAUUCAGAGUGUUCGGAAUGAUGAUCUGAAUCAUCUGAGUGAUAGCUGUUCUUCCUGUGUUGAUGAUGAGUGCUGUGAUGCGAGGUAGUUGUUCGAUGCGAAGUACUGGAUCUAUGCGAUUGAUGCGAUUGGCUCCUCGAUCGUUCCGAUCGAUUCACCUGCAACCUCGCGAUGUCAGUUUGCAUCGCUGCCAAUCUCUCCAGCAAAGUGUUUUGCAUUUCCUGCAAAUGUCGUUCAGUCCUCGCUUCCAUCUCUCUCUGAUUCCGUUCAACGUCGUUAGUUCUUCCCUCCAUUUUUUCGCGCGUGUAUCUCAUCCAGCGAUCGAACACGCUCUGAUACCAAUGUUAGAGACCUCCAGAAAUCCAGAACAAUUACAGAAAGAUUAAGAAGAAACAGAUGAAUACUUUUAUUGAAUCAAGAAGAACAGUACAGUAACCAGGCCGAAGCCCCCAAAGAUAAGAGAAACCGACUUUCUCAGAUCUUCCCAGUUCCCAGAGACUAAACAGUCCAAAAGCCUCCUUAUGCCUUCCUUCCCCUUUCUAUUUAUAGUAUAAGCCCUCUUAUUAUUCUCUAUAAUAAUAGGCCCAAAAUAACAGGCCCACUAAGCAGUGUCUAUUCUUCUAGUAUUCCUAUUAGAAUUAUUAUUAUUAAUCUAAUAGGUAGAUCCCUAACAGAUGCUUCGGGCGGUGGAGCUUUUCCUCAGUUGCCAUCUGAGGUUGCGGAAGAAUUAGUGGAGAAGAUUGUGUCUAAUAAUGCUUCAUGGUAUAGUUCUCGGGACACACCUCACCAGAAGGCCCCGGGAUUGUACGAGAUCAGUGAGAAUUCGGCCCUUUCUGUAAGGGUAGAUGCUUUGUCUAGUUUGAUUCAGAAGCUUGCUACUACGGUGGAAGACAAUCAAAAGAAGACGGAACUUGCUCUCUCGGUGCCCAGUGUGAAUAUGGUGGCCCCCGUUCCUAUUAGUCCCUCUUGUUCUAUGUGUGGGGGACUCCAUUCGCCACAUGAAUGCACGAUGAUGGCACACUCGGCAGCCCCUGGAGUAGAGCAAGUGGAUGCGAUGUAUUAUCAGCGCCAGGGCUACUACAAUCAGCCCUACGGACAGCAGCAGCAAGGGCAAUACGGGCAAGGAAAUCAGUAGCAGUCUAGAAACUUUAAUCAGCCCCAGGUACCACAAGGCCAACAACAAGCACCUCAACCGGCGCAAGGAAGCUUCAGAAAGGAGACUGAGCAAAAAUUUUCUAGCAUGGAAGAAGUGUUCAACAAAUUAGCACAAAAUCAACUGAGGGCGGACUCAAGGAUGAAUAACAUAGAGACUCAAUUGGGGCAGAUCUUUAAGGCUCUAUCUGAGAGGCCUCAGGGAUCCCUCCCCAGUAAUACUGAACCAAAUCCCAGAGAACAUGUUCAGGCAGUCACCUUGAGGAGUGGAAAAGAGCUGGAACCUGCUGCCAUAACAAAGAAGCCUGAUGAAGUUCAAGUUGAACCGGCUGUCCGGGAGGAAGAGAAGGAGAAAGAUGAGGGAAGAGAGGUGGCGGCUGCAUCAAAACAGUCCGUUCCGGUCAAGAAUUACACCCCACCUCUCCCCUAUCCGGCGCGAUUGACUAGGAAGAACGAUAGUGACCAGUUUGGUAAGUUUCUGCAUCUCAUGAAACAAGUGCAGAUUAACUUACCAUUCGUGGAUGCACUAGCUCAGAUGCCGAAGUACGCGAAGUUUAUGAAGGAUUUGCUCACGAACAAGAGGAGGCUGGAAGAAGCGUCUACUGUGACGCUUAAUGAGGAGUGCUCAGCUGUGAUACGGACAGAUCUGCCGAAGAAGCUUAAGGAUCCAGGUUCUUUUACUAUUCCCUGCUUUAUAGGAGAUCUUACUUUUGAUAGGGCCCUGGCUGAUUUGGGUGCAAGCAUUAAUUUGAUGCCUCUUGCUUUAUAUGAAAAGCUUGCACUCGGUCCACUUAAACCUACACGUAUGUGCAUUCAGUUGGCUGAUCGUUCAGUCAAAUAUCCCCAAGGGAUUAUUGAAGACGUGUUGGUUAAAGUGGACAAAUUUAUUUUUCCAGUGGACUUUGUUAUUUUGGACAUGGAUCAGGAUCGAGAGGUACCAUUGAUUUUAGGCAGACCAUUCUUGGCAACUGCCCGAGCACUUAUUGAUGUUGGAGACGGUAAGCUUGUCCUCCGCGUUGGAGAUGAGACUGUCACCUUUGAUAUGUCCAAAAUAAUGAGGAGGCCCUGUCAGGAUAGUGGAGAGUGUUUUUAUUUGGAUGUGGUUGAUUCUUUGGUGGAGGAUUGCAUUCCUAACGUGCUUUCUGAUGAAGCCUUCUUUGAUCUUCUUUUGGAUGAUAGUUUGUCAGCAGAGGAUCUUGAGCUCCUCCCUAGUUUUGAUUGUCUUAUGCUUGAUGGGGAGGAGGACUCAAGUGAUGCUAUUGAUGUGAAGGGGAAGGAAGAUGACUUAGAUAAGGUGGAGAAGGAAGACUGUCAGACUGAUUCUUCUAUUGUUACUCCUUCUCCAUUAAAUCUAAAGCCUCUUCCUUCCCACCUUGAGUAUGCGUUUCUUGAUGAUAGUCCUGACCUCCCUGUUAUUCUUGCAUCCGGGCUUGAUCCAUCCCAAAAAUCUGCAUGUCUUGACUUGCUUUGUGAACAAAGGGAAGCUCUAGCCCGGAAACUUUCUGACAUGAAAGGAAUCAGUCCUGUUUUCUGCACUCAUAAAAUUUUGAUGGAAGAUAAUGCUAAACCGGUAGUGCAGCCACAGAGGAGACUGAAUCCUAAUAUGCAGGAGGUGGUCAGGGAGGAAGUCAUCCGUCUGUUAGAUGUAGGGAUUAUUUAUUCAAUUUCAGACAGCCCUUGGGUCAGCCCGACCCAGGUGGUUCCCAAGAAAGGGGGGAUGACUGUGGUUAGGAAUGAUAAAGAUGAGUUGAUUGCUGCACGUACGGUCACCGGAUGGCGGGUUUGCAUUGAUUACCGAAGAUUGAAUGCCGCCACCCGGAAGGACCACUUCCCCCUCCCCUUCAUUGAUCAGAUUUUAGAGAGGCUAGCAGGGCAUAAGUUUUACUGUUUCCUUGACGGGAUGUCGGGAUACUUCCAGAUCCCCAUAGCCCCCGAGGACCAGGAUAAGACCACUUUUACAUGUCCAUUCGGUACCUUUGCUUAUCGGAGGAUGGCGUUCAGAUUAUGUAAUGCCCCUGCUACCUUUAUGAGAUGCAUGCUUGCUAUUUUUGGGGAUUUCAUUGGGAAGUUUAUGGAGGUUUUUAUGGAUGACUUUUCUGUGUAUGGUGAUACUUUUGAUGAGUGCUUAGAGAAUUUGAAGAAAGUCCUGGUUAGGUGUCGAGAGGUGAAUUUGGUACUUAAUUGGGAGAAGUGCCACUUCAUGGUUAGUGAGGGAGUGGUCCUAGGGCAUAAGAUUUCAAGUAGGGGGAUUGAGGUUGAUCCGGCUAAGGUUGAUGUGAUUUCUAAAUUACCUCCCCCUACUUCGGUCCGUGCCAUUAGGAGUUUUCUAGGCCACGCAGGUUUCUACCGUAGGUUCAUCCAGGACUUUUCUAAGAUAGCCCGACCCAUGACUAAGCUCCUUGAGAAGGACACGCCGUUUGACUUCUCAAAGGAGUGUUUAGAGGCUUUUGAGUGUUUGAAGGAGAAACUGGUCAAGGCACCGGUGGUAGUAGCUCCUGACUGGUCUUUACCUUUUGAGAUUAUGUGUGAUGCUAGUGAUUUUGCAGUAGGAGCCGUUCUUGGGCAGCGUCGAGAGAAACAUUUUCAGCCUAUUUCUUAUGCUUCUAAAACUCUCGAUAGUGCCCAAGAAAACUACACUACCACCGAGAAAGAAUUGCUUGCUGUUGUGUUUGCUCUUGACAAGUUUCGUCCUUAUCUGAUUUUGUCUAAGGUUGUGAUAUUCACCGAUCAUUCUGCUCUUAAAUAUUUGAUGCAAAAAGUGGAUGCUAAGCCUAGAUUGAUUCAGUGGAUAUUACUACUCCAGGAGUUUGAUAUUGAGAUAAGGGAUAAGAAAGGGGCUGAGAAUUUAGCGGCUGAUCACUUGAGUAGGUUAGAAAACCCCUUUCUUGAUUCCCUGAGUGAGAGAGAUAUUGAGGGUACUUUUCCUGAUGAGAGACUUUUGAGGAUCGUUGAUGAGGUGCCUUGGUUUUCUGACAUCGCCAACUAUCUUGUUGGGGGUGUUGUUCCUUCUGAUUAUACACCUCAUCAACGAAGGAAAUUUUUUGCUGAUCUGAAGUAUUAUUUCUGGGAGGAACCAUAUUUGUUUCGUAUUUGUGCUGAUCAGGUUGUUAGAAGAUGUGUUCCCCUGAGUGAAGGAGUGGAAAUUCUUAAACAUUGUCACUCUGGACCGACUGGGGGACACUAUUCUUUUAACCGGACAGCUCGUAAGGUGUUGGAAUGUGGUUUCUUCUGGCCCACUUUGUUUAAAGAUGCUCUAACGUUUGUGCAGGAAUGUGACACGUGUCAACGCACCGGGGCGGUUACCAAGAGGGAUGAGAUGCCCCAGAAUUUUAUACUGGCUUGUGAGGUAUUUGAUGUUUGGGGCAUUGACUUCAUGGGGCCGUUCCCGGGUUCUAAAGGUAAUAAAUUCAUUCUGCUUGCUGUGGAUUAUGUCUCUAAGUGGGUUGAGGCUGAAGCUCUGCCCACAAAUGAUGUUAGAGUUGUGAUUCGUUUUCUGAAAAAGUUGUUUUCUAGGUUUGGAGUGCCACGAGUUUUGAUAAGUGACAGGGGUACCCACUUUAGGAAUGAUCCGAUGACUCGCCUUCUGGCAAAGUACGGGGUCACUCAUAAAGGGGGCGUCCCUUAUCACCCUCAAACUAGUGGCCAAGUUGAGAACUCGAAUAGGGACAUUAAGACCAUCCUUGAGAAGACUGUUGAGACCCAUAGGAAGGAUUGGUCCGAUAAGUUAGAUGAUGCGCUGUGGGCACUGCGUACAGCGUAUAAGACACCCAUUGGCACUACUCCGUUUCACUUGGUUUAUGGGAAGGCGUGCCACCUUCCGGUAGAGAUAGAGCAUAAGGCAUACUGGGCCUUGAAAACACUGAAUAAGGAUUUGUCUUUGGCGGGUCAUGAACGGCUUUGGAAGCUCAACGAGUUGGAUGAGUGGAGGCUUAUGGCCUAUGAGAACUCUAAGAUUAGUAAGGAGCGUACCAAAGCCUAUCAUGAUCGGCACAUUAAGCAAGGAAAAGAGUUUUGUAAGGGGGAUCAAGUUCUGCUAUUCAAUCCCUGAAUGAAGAUUUUUAAAGGAAAGUUGAAGUCUAGGUGGUCUGGUCCUUUUGUAGUGAGCGAAGUUUUUCCGUAUGGAACUGUUGAGAUUGAUCAUCCUGAGAAAGGCCGUUUUAAAGUUAAUGGCCAUCAUUUGAAGAAAUACUACGGAGGACCGCUAGAACGCGAGCGUGAGGUGACCUUUGUCACGAAUUUAGAGAGAUGAGUGCGUAGUUGCGUCGGGCAAACGACGUUAAAAAUAGCGCUUCUCGGGAGGAAACCCGAGCUCAAUUUAUGCUUCAUUAGUUUAGUUUUGUUGCUUUUCAAAAAACCCACAAAAAAAAUGGAUUUUUGCCUGGCACGGUCGUGCCUGGGCAGGCACACCGUGCCUGCAAAAGGGGAAAAAUAUGUGAGGCUACUGCCAGCCAGGCACGAUCGUGUAUGGCUGGAGGCACGAUCGUGCCUGGGGCGCGAGGGGAACAUAGCCCACUGCUGCCCAGGCACGAUCGUGUCUGACCUAGGCACGAUCGUGUCUGACCUAGGCACGAUCGUGCCUGGGCAAUUUUACUAAAAUACCCCCGCGACUUUAAACAUACCUAACCCAUUCCCCUCUUUCCCUUUACGCGACCAGAGACCCAAGCCCCUUCCCCCUGCGAUCUUCCCCUUCGACCGAACUCCAGCGCAGCACCGCCAUGACCGCCGACCCACCACCGUGACCGCCGCGUCCGCCGCGACCGCCGCACCACCGAGCCCGACCGCCUCUCUCUUCUCUCUCUUCUCCAAGGUAUCUUCUUCUUCUUCUUCUCUUUUCUUCUCUUCUCUCCAUUAAUGGAGGUUUCUCCAAGCUUUUCUAGAAAUUCAAAUUAUUAUGCUCUAAAAUCAGGGAUUUGCAUCACCACGAUUAAAUUGAAGCUUGUAUUGAUGUUAUUGAUGUUCUUUGUUGAUGAAUUUGACUCUUUUGAUUGAAAUCCCUAAUUUUUGAGCUAAUUUAGCCAAUUUAGGGUUGCAACUUGUUGAAUGUGAGAGAAUUUUGGGGAUUUUGUGCUUGUUGAUUAAAUUCAGGAAUGAAUUGUUGUUUGUGAUGUUGAAACCUUGUUGUUAAGACAAUUUGAGCAUAAAUCCCCAAUUUUAGGCCAAACUUUGUCCAAUUUGAGAAUUGAGUUCUUCCCCUAUUCUAAUUAUCUCUCUAAAUCUUUUGGGAGGAACUCCAUUCUACAAACACUGUUGUGAUGAAUACGCUUUCUUGUGACCUUGUUUAUACCGUGUGUCGUUGAAAAUUUGAACUUUUAUUCAAAGAAGGGAAAACUGUCAAAUAGGUCCUCGAACUUUCAUAAAAAAGUCAAUUAAGUCCUUAUAUAGGACACUCUGUCCGGUCGUCGCGAUUUGGGGCGGUUCCCGGUAGAAUUUUUUGAUGAAAUUUUUUGAGCAUCUUAUUCAUCAAGUCUAGUUUACUCAUACCAAAUUUCAGCUAAAAAUUUAAUCGGGAGCACAUUCAAAUUAAUUCGAGAACGCGAAAAUGCGCAGUUAUCUUGAAGAAUUAAUUUGAAUGUGUUCCCGAUUGAAUUUUUAGCUGAAAUUUGGUAUGAGUAAACUAGACUUGGUGAAUAAGAUGCUUAAAAAAAUUCAUCAAAAAAUUCCACCGGUAACUGCCCCAAAUCGCGACGGCCGGACAGAACCUCCUAUAGAAGGACUUAAUUGACAUUUUUAUGAAAGUUCGAGGACCUAUUUGACAGUUUUCCCUUCAAAGAACUUUUCUUUGAUAAAAAUUCAAACUUUUCAACUAUUCUGGUUAAACUUGGGUUUGUUCUACUAUGAUGAUAGUUUCACUUGAUUAAUUGCUGACGGGGCCAUUGCUGUACUUUGAAAAUUUGUUCUAACAAUUGGAAGCCCCGUUGGAAUUCUUGUUUGGAUUUGUUUUGACAGAUGGCGCCAAGGCAGAAUCACACUAGAGGUGGAGGUGCUAGCUCUAGCCGAGGCAACACCGGCCGGUACCAGCCGAGGUUCCCGCAACUGCGGGACGAACUGAAGCAUACGGAGCUGCUGCAAAAGCCUAUGGGCACAUUUUACUUCCCGGAUGAGGACUCACUCACGGCGGAAGGAGUGAGGGAUGACGUGAUGUUCUUAUUGAGACGGGGGUGGUGGAGGCAUUUGUUUUUCGGGAUCCGUGACAUGACCUAUCGAGAGAUUACUUGUGAGGUGCUGGCAACGUUCAAGAUGCCGAAGGUCAUCCCUAUUGCUGAUAACCGUAGGCCCGUCAUCAAGUUCCGGGCAUUCGAGGAGGACCAUGCCAUCUCCAUGGCGGAGGUGCGCUAUCAUUUGGGCUUUACGGGGAUUGAGGAUGACGGUCAGCACGAGGCUUCUUUGACAGACUUUCCACCAGGCGUAGACCGCCAGGCAUUCUGGGAGUCGAUCACGAGAGAUGGCGGGACUUACAGACCGAAGAUGUCCCCUAACACUCUACUUUACCCCCGCCAGUACCGCAUUAUACACGCACUCCUUUCCUCCACCAUCACCGGCAAGGCCGAGGUUGCCAGUAAGGUCACUCAGACUGACCUCUUCUGCUUAUACUGUAUGAUCCACAACCGCAAGCCCCACAUGGGCUAUCUCAUAGCCAAACUCCUCCACCGCCAAGCCACGAACCACAUAAAGGCCAUCUAUGUUGGCCCAUUCAUUACGAGACUGUUGACUGGGAUGGGGUUCGGGGGCCGAUUUCUGAGGAUGGAGGAGAGCUCCAGUUUUGUUUCUUUGACCCGGCUCCCCGAGGUCAACACUGGCGUAGCGAGGAGUAGGACACAGCCGGCAGCAGCAGUAGGAGGAGGAGGACAGCGGGCUGAUGAUGAUGAUGAUGAUGACGUUGAUGAUGAUGAUGAGGUAGAGAUGGAGGCUGCUGCUCACGAGGUUCCAUACGAUGCACCCCCCUACGACACAGCUUUUCCGGAUUCUUGGGCGGGGAUGCAUGAGCACCAGGAUGUUGUGUAUUGGCAGCUGUCCGCGGAGCAGCACGAGAGAUUUGAUCAGAUGCGCUUCGAGCAGCAGGACUUCUACAGAGAGAUGAGGGAGGACCAGACACUCCAUUAUUCACAGCUCCAGUCUCAGUACACCUGGAUUGAUGAGAGACUCACUUCCAUGGAAACUAGCUGGAGUUCGUUCUUUGACGCUUAUCCACCGCCACCCCCUCCCGAGUAUUAGAUGUCAUUUAGAUUGUCCUCUGCUAGCAUCUGUAUCAUCAUUUUGUUGGAUGACUGUACCGUAAACACUAUCACACUCACACUCUCACUCUUACACUUAACGCUUUUUAUUAUGCUUUGCUUUGUGUUCAUGAUGUGUUGCAGCUUAGUGGAUGAAUGUGUUUGUGAGAAUCAAGACCCAGUUCUGUUCCUGACUGACCAACGCGAUAGGGGAGUUUCCAUGAUUCUUUGUACUCAAUGCGUAAUGUUAACUUGAGUUGUUUUUGAGCACGCGUGACCCUUUCCUCUUUACCCCUAGUACAUAAUGCAUAUUUGGUCAUCGAGGGCGAUGCCAAAGUCUCAGUGUGGGGGAGUGAAUUGGGCAUUCGGGCAGUAGUUGUCACAUGUGAUUUGUUAGAGUUAGCAUGCGCAGGUGUUAGCUGUAUAUUCAUAGGAAAUUCAUGCAAAAUUUUUGAAAAUUUUUCUUUAAAACUGUGUCUUUGUGAGCUGGCUAGCGUUUUGACUAUGCUUUUAGAACAUCUUUGAAGUGUUUAGGCUUAAAUUGCUUGCACUAUAAUCUAGUUGUUGAGAAGAUGAAGGCAUUAGUCGCCCAUUGAAUGAAUCAACAAAAUUCCCAUUUGACCUGAAAGAACCCUUUAGGAGAAGCCAUUUUGAGCCUAACCGUUCUUUGUUACUCAAUUAAUUAAGCUCCAUAGCCAAAUGACCUGUUUCCUUACCUGUGAAUAUUUCUGACUUGGUCUUGAUGUUUAGGGAAUUAAGGGAUUAAUUUGUUAAGUUUAGGGAAUUGUGUGUAGGAGUCAUUUUGGCACUGUUCCUAUGCCCCAAAUGGGGUAAGAGCGGUCACUUUUUAGGAAUUUGAUACUUUCGAGGAUUGCAGUGUAGGCAUGGUUUCACUUUGAAUUAAUGAACUAUAAAUUGCUAUUUUUCCUUGGUGAGGCUGAGAUUAGAAUGGGGUAAUGUCUAGUGAGAAUCCGAAAGGUGAAAAAUUAAUAUAGCUAGACCUCUUACUUUGCGAAGAAGAGAAUGGGAGCCCCGGUCAAAAAGCGUAAGAUGAGACUUGGGUAUCUUUCGAAAGAAACGGCGUUCUCGUGCCAACAUGACAAGGAAAACUAAACUAAAUUAAUGAACUUGGAGGCUAUUGAAAAAAAAUAGCUUUAGUCCUCCGCGUACUUCAAGUAUACGUUGAAGCACAAAUGUGCCGAGACGGUUUAGCUUAGUUGUACACCAUGUCUACUCUUUGCAUAAGUUUAAAUGAUUGUUCCUAAUUUGUGGCCUACUGAGUUCCUUGUUCCUAAGAAUAACCCUGAAGUUCCUAAAUACAUUAAGUCUUUGUUAGGAUAUUCCUAUCUCUCAAAAUAAAGGGACUAUUAUCAUUAGCCAUUCACCAUCACAUUCACAAGUCCUUCUGAUCAGUAGCUAGCUUUUUUGUGUAUGCUGUCACUACUUUGAGGAUGUUGUGAAUAAUUGUGUCAAAUAGUUUAGCUUGAGUACAAAGGUAUAGUUUAGGGAAGAAUUUUCUUGAUUUAAAUUGUCUGUCCUGUGAAUAUCCCGUUAACUACGUGUGUAUGCUAACUAUUUUAAAUUCCGUGUGGUGAUUAUCGUAAGUCCCGUUGUUCGAUUUGCUUGAGGACAAGCAAAAGCUUAAGUGUGGGGGAGUCUGAUAAGUCCGUAUUUAGACACGCAUUUGAUGCGUGUUCAGGUCGGAUUUUGAUGAUUUUCCUGGCUUUAAGGCGUCGCAAGUCUCAAUUUUGGCUCAAGUUGUGUUUAACAGGCAUUGGAUCGAGUUUCAUUGCAUUUGAAGAUGAUUUGAAGAAGUUAGAGUCCGGCAAUCGGCGCUUGAGAGGCAUUUGGGAAGGAUUUGAAGGCAUUCGAGAGAGAUUUGGAAGAUUUGGAGGUCACCGGGAGAUUCACGACGAAAUUCUGGUGAAGAAAGAGCAUUUGGGUCGACCUCGUAGGCAUUCGGAAGCAUUCGGAACGAGAAACGAAGAAAAACGAUGAAGAAAUGGUCAGGCACGGCCGUGCCUAGGGCAGGCACGAUCGUGCCUGCCAUCUGAAUUGACGCGGAGCUACUGGCAACCAGACACGAUCGUGUCCGGUGCAGGCACGAUCGUGUCUGCAUCUUUUAAACGCGCAUGUUCCGCAGGCACGGUCGCAGGCACGAUCGUGCCUGGCACCGUGCCUGGCCGCGAUUUGUCCUAAUUCGACCCGAAUUCACUGUUUUCUAUAAAUAAGGCCUUCAUACCCACUUUUGAGGUUUACGAACUUUGGAGAGAGGCCUAGGGACGAGUUUACCUGCGUUUUUUUACGUUGUUUAAUCCAAGAACCUGGGAUUCUUUGUAAGUUCAAUUCUUUAAUUAUUGACAAUUAUUUCUAUUCAUCCCAAUUCUUUUGAUUCGUCAAUUAUGAGGCGUGAGUAGUUUAAUUAGGGAUUUGGGGUUGAUGAAGGGGUUAAUCAUGAUGUAUGGCUAGAUUCUUGUCGGUUUAAUUGCAUGAAUGUCGUUUAAUUUGUGUUUGAAUAAUUUAACUGAUAUCUUUUGUAACCUAGAUGGCCACUAGAAUUACAAUUGCUUAUAGAAUAAAUUAAGAGAGAUCUAAUUUGUUCUAGGACACAUUCACACACACUUAAUCGUUCGCUAAGAGAUUAGUAGCGAUUAAGGGGCCGUAAGCUCGCUCGUUUUGGCAAUAAUUUAGGAUCUUGUCGCAUGAGAGAUCAGCCUGGACCCCUAAAUUAUUGUACUCUACGCCGCGAGAGCGGUAAGAACUUAGUAAUGAUUAGCUAGGCUCAAUUAAAUUAAAUUCAUGUGAUUAGGCCUGUUUUGCCAGAAAUCUGGUUAACCCCGGAAUCAAUUCCUGUUCCCUUUGUCGUUAAUUAAGGAAAACCAAAUCUUUUUAUUCGCUCAUUAGCAUUAGUUUUAGUUUAAUCAAUCAACCAAUCUCGCACAACUGCAUUUUUAAUUUUAUUUAUUUCUUUUUAAUCGCUAAAUUUAGUUAAUCUUUAUUUUCCUUUUGUCCGUCCCUGUGGAGACGAUACUCGUACUUUACACCACUUUUCUACAACCAUUUUUAGUGCGAGAAAACACACAUCAAUUAUCUACCGCCAAGAUGAUUCAAUAGCCCACUUGUAUUAGUUUAAUAAUGCUAACUCAAUGCUGAAUUAUUUUAGAAUGAGAUUAUAUUGCUAAUGAGUAUUCAAAAGUUAACCCUUUACAAUGGCAUAAAUGAUACGUAGUACUAUUUAUACUGGAAAUGGGUAAGUGGGAUGGAUAACGUGGCCAACCCUGAGUGGAUGACGCCUUUGCCACUUGAGCACUCAUCCUUCCACUUGAGCACCCAUACUCCAGCAUUAAAUGCGCCCCUUUCCGCUUGCAAGCUAGGCUUCCCGAUCUGUUCUUUUGGGAUAAUCUAAUUGGCAGCCAUGAAUGAUGCUCCUUAUCUAUCAAGUAUUAUGCUCAGCCUGUUCCCGAAUGGAACAUGAUACAUUGAACAGGUCGUGCGGGCGUUCUGUGUGUCUGGUAUUUGUUGGGCUCCGCUACUUCUUUGGGCCCUAGGGAUAUUUGGGUCGAACCCUAAUAUCCCAACAGACUCUAUGUGAUAAAAAGAUGAGGAAAAAAUAAAAUUUAAAGAAAAAUAAAAUAUUUUGGAAAUGUAAAGAAAAAAAAAACAAUCGGGAAAAUGCAAUUUUAUUUUGAAUGAAUGUUUUAUUUUCCUUAAAUUUUCCUCAAUAUUUUGUUUUUCUUUGAAUUUUAUUUUCCCAUAAUCUUUUUUGUGACAUAGAGUUUUUGUCAUAGUUGAAGGAUUUAAUGGGUGGAGUUACUUAGAAAUAUAUUAUAUAUGAUAAUGCAAAAAAAAAAGAAAAAUAUAUUGAUGGUGAAAUUAAUGUAACAAGAAUAAAGAAGAAAAAAAUAUAAAAAGUAACAAGAAGAGAAAAGGGGAAAAGUAAAAAUAAAAAGAAAAUAUAACAAAAAAAUAGAGAGGAAUAUACAAUACUACAAUAGUGCUACUUCAAAUGUAAAUAAAAACAUCUAGUAAUAGUUGUGUCCAUUACUUUUAUUGUCAUAUUAGUGUCUUUUUCAUAUUAAAAAGAAUAUCGUUAUUUCUUACUACUAAAUAUAUAUAACACGCAAGGUUUUCCUAGAAAAUAACUCAUAUCAAAGCUAAAGCUAGAAUGUGAUUAAAGUUACUAUGUGGUAAUAUGCAUAACUCAAUAGUGAAUGAUCGUUGUAGCGUAAAACUGAACUAAAGUUGUCACUAAAGUUACAAAGUAUUAUAGAUCACAUUUUAUCCAUCAUUUAAUCUUUUACUAUUUAAAGUGAAUUGUUUUUUAAAUAUAAAAUGAGUUGUUCUGUAAUACAAUUUUAUUGUUUGAAACAAGAAACAAUUAGAUAUAUUUAUGACCAAAAUAAAUUUGUUUCAGAUAAUUUGACCCUGAAUGUAGUGACGACUGACAAUAUUAUCCGAGCAAGGAGUGAAAUAUACAAUGUGGGCGAGAGUACAUUUCACUACUUAAAAGACCACAUUUACAAAAAUUUGGACAAUUGAGGGGUGACAUUUACAAUCUCAGAAAUACAUGUUUGAGAUAUUAAUUUUGUGGAUAACUGAGGGGCCAUAUAUGCGAUUUUCUCCCAUAAAAUUUGUUUUAGAAGGGUUUUGCCAAGAAAUAAUUAUAACACAGAAGAGUUUGAUGCAUUUUUUAAAUGGCUAGCUAAUGCGCUAAAUUUAUAUAGUGGAAUUGGCUCAUAUAGGAGUAAACUUUGGGAGAAAUUCUUAAAUAGGAGUAUACAUGUUUUCUUCUCCAAAUAGGAUCAUAUUACUCCUAUUCAAAACAUACGGACUUUUCAAUUCCAUUAUUACCCCUACUAUAUUUAACUCACGAUAGAUCUACUCUUUCCGCUCACCUUCUUCUCCCUCCUUUCUGCGCACCAUCCUCUCCCCUCUCCAUCGUUCGGUUUUUCCCCCCUGCAAAGAUCCAUCGGCUUAUUCCCUGCAAAUCAGACCAGUCGACUUCUUCUGUUGCCGCUGACUCCACUGCAUGCUGCCUACAAAUCAGGGAUAGCGAUGACGGCAAUUUUAGCCGGCGAGGUAGGUUGGGCGGCGGUGACGGAGUUGGAAGGUCGCGGCGGCCGAUAGCUAUGGCAGUUGGACGGAGAUGGAUGACAACGCUGGUAUUGGAGGUGGAGGUGGGCAACACCUGUGUGGGAGGCCGGAGGCGGAGGCAGUGAUGAGCCAAUGCUUUUUUACCGACUCUUGAAUGAUGAGCCUUCAAUUUCAAGUUGCUUACGUGAUUUACAAGAGGGUUAUUUUUGUCAACUUGGUCUUAAAAGACUCCUAUCAAACAUAGGUUACGUGAAUACUCCUAUUUUGACAAAUUAUAAACUUUUUACUCCUAAAUUGGUAAUUAACUCAUUUAUAUAUCAUGAAGGGGUUUGAUACAUUACACCCGAGCUGAAAAUUAAGGAAAAGUUUACAACCCAAAAAAGGAAAAAAAACAUACAUUCAUGCUAAGUAACUAAGGCAGUGCGCAUGACUCAAGGUAAAAAAAGUUACAUAGUAUAACUUUUUCAUCUAUACUUCACAUAUUACAAAAAAUAUAUAUAAAAAAUCGUAAAGGAUUAUGAGAUUUUAUAUGACAUCAAUAAUGCAUCUAUAAAGUUUAAAAAAUAUGAAUUUUAAAGUGGUGAAUUUUUUUUAUAUUAGUCUAGAAAACACAAAUCAGAAAAUCUUACAUUGUGCCUCCACAAAUAAUCAAAUUGUACUUGAAUCUAUUUUAUUUUUAUUAACCGAACAGUGUAAAAAAGAAUUUUUACUGAAGUUUUAAUUUUUUAACAUUGAAAUGUG